CCCGCUCCCGGCGCCCCAGCGCGGCACCCGUGCCCAGGCCCGCCGGCGCCAGGUUGUCUUCUGAAUUUUGUGUCCGAAGGUACCCUCUUGCUUUCUCAACAAAUCAUGGACAUCGUUGGCUUUCUGAAGUCUCAAUUCAUUUGCCACCUUCUGAUCUGCUACAUAUUUAUAGUGUCAGGACUGAUCAUUAACUUCAUUCAACUCUUUACACUUAUACUUUGGCCAAUCAACAAGCAACUGUUCAGGAGGAUCAACUGCAGGCUGGCUUACUGCAUUUCAAGCCAGAUGGUGAUGUUGCUGGAAUGGUGGUCAGGCACCGAUUGCACCCUAUACACUGAUCCAGAGAGUUACCACAAGUAUGGGAAAGAGAAUGCCAUCGUAAUCCUUAAUCACAACUUCGAAAUUGACUUUCUCUGUGGAUGGAACUUUUGUGAGAGAUUUGGGGUCUUGGGGAGUUCCAAAGUGCUUGCGAAGAAGGAGCUCUCCUACAUGCCUAUCAUUGGCUGGAUGUGGUAUUUCCUAGAGAUAGUCUUCUGCAAGCGCAAGUGGGAAGAAGAUCGGAAAACAGUCAUACAGAAGUUGCUGAGUCUCCGGGACUACCCUGAAAACUUUUGGUUCCUGAUUCAUUGCGAGGGCACAAGGUUCACAGAACAGAAGCACCAGAUUAGCAUGCAGGUAGCCGAAGCCAAAGGUCUGCCCAAGCUCAAGUAUCACCUACUGCCACGAACAAAAGGAUUUGCUGUCACCGUGCAGUGUUUGAGAAAUGUAGUUUCUGCAGUCUACGAUUCUACUCUCAAUUUUAGAAAUAAUGAAAAUCCAACAUUGCUGGGAGUUCUAAAUGGAAAAAAAUAUCAUGCAGAUUUGUAUGUAAGGCGGAUUCCACUAGAGGAAGUCCCAGAAGAUGAGCAGGAAUGUUCUACCUGGCUCCACAAACUAUAUCAAGAAAAGGAUGCAUUCCAGGAAGAAUAUUACAGAACAGGAACCUACCCAGCAGUCCCUAUAGUACCACCCCAUCGACCAUGGACACUUUUGAACUGGCUUUUCUGGGCCUUAUUGCUGCUAUAUCCUUUGUUCAAACUGCUCAUCAACAUGAUCAACAGUGGAUCAUCACUGACACUGGCUAGUUUUGCAUUUGUCAUUAUAAUAGCUUCUGUUGGUGUCAGAUGGAUGAUCGGGGUUACAGAAAUUAACAAGGGUUCCACCUAUGGCAACAAUGAAAACAAGCAGAAAUGAAAGUAGUAUCUUCAGAGACUGCUUCAAUCCAAAGGGAACAAAUGCAACUGCUGAAAACUCUUAAGUGCAUAUCACAGUCCUUCAAAGUGAGAUCAGAGGAGAGGUAGGAUAAGCAAUUGCCAUGCAUAUCCAAAUUUGUGCUCCUGUUGUUUUUCUCUGGGAGUUUGGGCUGAUGACAUGCUUGAAAGAUGCACUCCUUCAUAUCCUCUCUGCAACAGGUUUGCAUUUGUGUGGUUGGUUUGUUUUCCUAUGAAGUGUCUUAAGUUUUGAAAAAAAAAGAAAUAAAUUCCGGCGUGCUUAUAUGAAGAGACUUUACCUGGAAACUAACCCGAGGUGCAGGCUUUAAUGUCAGGAGAUUGUUACAAGAUGAUUAAAAUUGAUAGUUGUGUAGAUCACACAGUUUAACAACCAUAAUCUGUCAGUGUUUAAAUAUAGUACAGUAAGAUGCUGUGCUUGGUUAUACCAGUAUUGGACUGAAGCAGCUCAGCUGAACUGGUAGAACUGCAGUAGAGGUUUUGUACAUCUAGAACUUACUGCCACAAGUGUGACUAUGGGGCCCUUUAAAACUUCAGCCAGACCCUGGACAUCCAGACAUCAGAGCCUUGCAGUAGCAUAACCUGGAGCAAAAUUUGGCCUUGUGGCCUGAGCAGAGCUAAGUUAGCCACUGCUAUCUCUUUCCUGAGGCCAUACAUCUGAGGGAUAGCUGAAACCUGUAAUUCUUCUGAGAGUAAAUUCCAUUUAUGAUGUGGAAAACCUGACAUAAUAAAAUUCCUUUUGGCUUUAAACACUACUUAAAAUUCUAGGCCUUCCUAGCAAUAGUGGGAAGAAAAUAACUGGGCAUGGUGUAGUGAAAUAAUGCAAAGUGUGCAUUAAAAUGUAUGCACCACACCCAUAAUGUAGUGAUCCUAAUUAAUCUGUGUGUCUGUCUUUUCUUAUAAAUUAGUUUACUUGGUGCCUCAUAACAGCCUGUGGUAAAAGUUAAAUUAUCUUUUCUUUUUGGGGAAAAGAGGGGAACUAGGACAAAGACCUAGGGCAGCAAUAUGGUUCAGGUUUUUUUAUAUCUAUCUGGACUUGAUUUGACCGCCUUCUGAAUUAAAUAAAACUAGAAUCAAGCUCCUCAGGAAAAUGGUGUUGCUCUGACCUUCCUGGUACUGAUUUCAGGGCAGAGGCCUCCUGUUUUUAAACUUUCAGAGUUAAGGAUCUGCAGAUUACUAAGAAGAACUUCACAGAAUCACAGAAAACAAGAAAAAAAACCACAAACCACAAAAAAAACCCCAAGGAAAAGUAAAAGAGGGGACUUCUAAAUACCAGCAGUUAUGAUUGGAAAAAACCACUAUCUUUUAAAAUCUACAGAUCCUGAUACUUAGCAGUGGAGAUUAUGACUGGCACUUUCAAACACAGUCCAUUUCCACUGCACGUAGAAUUAAACAGGGAUAGUCUCUAGUGAAAAAAGUCUUAGUUCUAGCAGCUGGUAUGAAAACAUAUCUCUUUUCCUAUAAUAAAACUGAGGCCAGAAGAAACAGGGGCUAAUACACCAGAAUAUGAAUCAUUCCAUGAACUAUGUAUGAGCUGUUCAGUGUAUCAGAUAAUAGAGAAACUCACCUUUUUAAUAUGCAGCACCUAAAGAGCAGGUGGAGUAGUGCUUUUAGCAUGGGGCAGUAAGUGAAGUUUACUGGUAGAGGAGGCAGGAAAAUUUACAAGGUGAAGGAAGGAAUAGAUUAUGGGGAGUGUGAGAGACUAGUUUUGGGGGCUUUUUUCCUCACAUGUCUUGUGUAUACAUGCAUUCCCUGUGCUCUGAAGCUUUCUGGAAUAGGUUGUGUGAUGCGAUGAACACAAACAUGGGCUCUACUGUAGUUUUUCCAAGACAUGAAAAAGAGCCCAAGAGCAGAAAAUACUGCCAUGCUUACAACUGCUGUUCAUUUAAUAAAGCACAUGCCCUGCACUCUGUUUGCUCUAACAAUCUUAACAGUGAAAAACUGAGUAUUAUAAGCUGUAGUCUGAAGCUAUCUUGUAGUAAUGAGCAGGCACAUUAGUGAGCCAGACCUGAAGACACUGUACACAAGAGUUUGCAAAUGGGUGGAAGGGGGAGAGAGAAUUUUACUGUACAUAUUACCUGGUAGAUACAGUGGGCCUUUCUCAGGGUGGUAGGUGAGUAGUUCUGAGCAGCAAAUACAUAUUCAUGUAGUGACAGAGACCAGCUGUUUUGCCUUUUUUAAAGGGUCACAAAUUUAACAUGUAGUGGGGAAGACAUUUAAUAUUCCUUAGGAAUCUCAGCCCUUUCCUCUCCAAUUGCAUCCAGUGCCACUUCUCCCAGAGGAAAAUGCCAAACAUGUAAAUACUUCUGAAAGAGUACUCAGAUUAUUUCAUACCCCUUUCCCUAGGACCAACCCUUAGAACAGGCUGAGGGCCAAACAUGCCACUCCUGAUCAGUCCUAAGUACUUCUACAAGUCCCAGCGCACAAGAACUGCACCACUGGGCCCUUCCAGCACUCACUGACAAACAGGGAAAGCUUAAUGGUACUUGCCAAAGUUAAACUAUUCCAGUUCACUGUAUUAAAAGAAUGACAUAGGUCAUUAGGAAGCAGUGUUUGCCCCUCAUCCCCACAAGCAACUGUAUGUUCUACAACUGCCUUAACAAAAGUAGUCUUAAUGUUUGUUUAUACAAAAAUAAAAGUAUGAAAAGCCA